GCCGGCGAAGUUUCCGCGUUGCACCCUAUUGCCCUUGAGUCGAGAGCUUGUAACCGGGAGAGGAGAUCAUACUCUAAUAUCAAUAACUCGGUACCGGGAGGUUAUCGUCUCAACAUGGGUCUGGUACCGGACGAGGCCAAGGCCCUGCCGCCCCCCGCCAUUGUUAACAGGAACUCGGUGUGGCUGGGGUUUGUCGGCUGGAGUACAGCGAUGCUUCAUAACGCCUUCUGCCACAGGCCGCCUCUCAAAUCAGGUGUCCAUCGACAGGUCUUAUUUUCGACCAUUGGUUGGUUCCUUGGCUACCACAUCUCCAAAUACGAGAACUACAUCUAUUCUAAACUCGACCGAGACAUGUACAAGUACAUCAGCCUGCACCCAGACGCCUUUCCAAGAAGUGAGAAGAAGACUUUAGCCGAGGUCAUGGAGCCCUUCCACCCUGUCCGCUAGACACCGGCGAUCGAUUGGAAAAGACAAGGCAGAACAGUUGGCUGAAAAACACCUUCCCACCCACCACUCUGUGAUGCUAACUUGUUCUAUUACUUGUUGUGAAAUAUCUAUGUAAAUAAAUUAAAAAAAUCUGA